AUGCGAUCCUGGAAAGCAUACAAAGAGCAUGCUUGGUUGCGCGACGAGGUCACUCCCAUCACAGGGAAGCCUGUCGACACGUUUGGAGGCUGGGGUGCUACCCUUGUGGACUCUCUUGAUACCCUGUACAUCAUGGGGCUACGAGAAGAGUUCUCGCUUGCGGUUGAAGCUGUGAGCAACAACAUCUCGUUUGAAACAACUGAGGCGAAGACUAUCAACGUCUUCGAAACGACAAUCCGAUUUCUUGGCGGCUUGCUUGGGGCAUACGAUCUGAGUGGCGACACGAGGCUGCUGUCCAAGGCGCAAGACGUCGGGGACAUGCUCUACAAGGCCUUUGACACGCCCAACCACCUACCCGUCACAAGAUGGGACAUUCAUGCGGCCGCUAGAGGCGAGCCACAAACAGCGCAUGGCAAUACCCUCCUCGCCGAACUGGGAUCGUUGACCAUGGAGUUCUCCCGACUCAGCAUUCUUACAGGGAAUCCUAAAUACUACGACGCGGUUCAACAUAUCAGCGAGUUGCUCGCUGCUGCGCAGGCAAAAACCAAGGUACCUGGUCUGUGGCCUAUCGUUGUUGAUGCCUCUCAUGAGGAGUUUGAUCUCGGCUCAGACUACGGUCUCAGCGGAAUGGCAGACUCUGCCUACGAAUACUUGCCCAAAAUGGCGGCUCUCUUUGGACAGAGUACCGGUAUAUAUGCAGAUAUGUAUCUGCGAAGCAUGGAGGCAUCCAACAAGCACCUUUUCUUCCGUCCUAUGACACCAAAAGCUGAUGACAUUUUGUUCCCGGGAUCACUCCAUGCCAGCCUCAGCGACAACCAUGUUUCUACAAACUUGGAUCCAAGCGCAGGCCAUCUGACAUGCUUCGUCGGUGGCAUGCUGGCUCUUGGAGGCCGGGUAAUGUCCAACAAAACGCAUGUCGAAUGGGCGGACAAAUUCACAAAGGGAUGUAUCUGGGCUUACUCCUCUUUUGAGCGAGGUGUAAUGCCAGAAACGAUGUCGUUGACGCCUUGCUCUUCCCGCUAUGACUGCCAAUGGUCCAACUCGUCGUGGCAUGGGGCCAUUCUAUCCACCCAGUCGAUUUCCACGGGAGCUGAAGGAGCGGUAAAGGUUGUCGAGGAGCAGCGGCUCCCUCCAUCGUUCACCAAGAUCCCGGACGCACGGUAUAUCCUCCGCCCCGAAGCCGUGGAGAGUGUUUUUGUCAUGUACCGCGUCACAGGUGAUCCCUCAUGGCAAGACGAGGCCUGGCGCAUGUGGACCGCCAUUGAUAAGAUGACGCACACCGAGCUGGCGAAUACCGCAGUUUGGAACGUGAACCCGAAACCUGGUGAAGAUGCAGGCAAGGCAGACUCGAUGGAAAGCUUUUGGCUUGGCGAGACACUGAAGUAUUUGUACCUCAUAUUCUCAGAGCCUGAGCUGGUCAGCCUGGACGACUGGGUUUUUAAUACCGAGGCCCAUCCGUUCAGAAGACUGAAGAAGUGA